UAAAAUUCAACGAACUGCGAUAAUUAACGUAACAACGCAAACCACGUGAUCGUCUGCACGUUGUGUUCUAACCUAAAAUUGGUUCUGCGAAGGUUCUCUCGCAAGAUCUAGAAACAUUUAGUUUGUGAUUAAUUAUUGUCAACUUUUGUAACGUAUCUGAUUGCAAAGGAUAAUUGUAAGUUAUACAAUUCAAGAUAGCAAAUCGCAAAUGUGUUCGAUAAAUAGUUGUACGCUCGAUGAUAGCGAUGAUGAAAUAUGUAAAAACAAGGAAAAAGAUUCACUGGCUAGAGAUACGGCGUUAUGCAGAAAAGACAAGUGUCAAAACGCCAGUGCUUUGUUGGUUGGUCGAAACAGUUAUUGCAUGACUUGCUUCCUAAACGAUACAAACCACAAGUUUAGAGCUGCGCUUGGCAAAUCCAAGAUUAUUCGCCAUGGUGAUUUGAUACUGGUUGAUCACACAGGGGAAUUAAAUUCCACUGUGCUCUUACAUCUCAUUAAAGCUGGCAUGAGCGAAUCCACUCACAAGAAACUCAUCUUCAAGACAGUAGUUUUGUACAUAGAUGGUUGCACUGUUGAAGAAAAAACGAGUGAAGAGAGGGAAACGCUGCGACAGAAAAUUGCUGAGGAAACAAAGGCUUCUGGAUUUGAUGGUUACGCCAUAUCAAUGAGUGAAGUUUUAAAUGAAGAUGACACUCUGGACAUAAAACCAAUGGAACAGGAGAUAAAUAAUAAGAAUUACAAUCGAUUGCGCGCAAUUUUAACCAGUUUGUCAAACGAAACCUCAAAAACAGAUUUUCUCAAUCAGUUACGUCGGCGAUUGCUCCUAUUGGCGGCUCGUAAACUCAAUUGCAACAAGAUAUUUGUAGCCGAUACUGCCUUGGACAUUGCUACGAGGGUGCUUGGAGAUGUAUGCUUGGGACGAGGCGCGAAACUCUCUACGCAGGCGAACUUCUGCGACGCUCGAUGCGCCGACAUCAAGAUACUGAAACCUAUGAGAGAGUUCACGCAGCAGGAAUUGAUAUAUUAUUCAGAUUAUCACAAGAUAAAUUUUAUUGAAUCAGUGGUACCCAGUAAAUCGACUUCUAUACAGACUUUAGCGCGCAAUUUCACAAUGAAACAGGAAUCUCAAUUCUCCAACACAGUGUCCACUAUAUUCCGUACGGCUGAUAAAAUAAGCCCGAGGGGCGAUGUACAGCAAAAUGCAGAAGAUAAUUGCGCGCUUUGCGACACAAGGUUGGACUUUGUACCUUCUGGCAGUGAAGUGACCGCGAUGAGGGCCAUCGAGGUUUCCAAAUUGGUAUCUUCCAAAAGCGUUAACGCAAGUUCACUUAAUAACGAACAGAACGGAGAGCUGAAUUAUCUCGCUUUAUGCUCGGAUAACAGUGAACACUGUAAUGACAAUGCCGAGUGUAGUUGUAAAAACAAUAGAAAGGGACAAGUAACCAGAGAAGACAUUUUGAGACAUCUCUGUUAUAGUUGUAGACUAAUAUUUCAAAAUUCAGACAUUUUAGAUACCUUGCCAUCGUCGUUAUUGUCCGCUGUCCAACAGCGAAUAGCUUUAGAGAAUAUGAGAAAUAAAAUCAGUGACUUCUUAUUAUGAAUAAUUGAAGGAAUUUUUGUUUCAAGACUUAGCAUGCAAGGCAACAAAAUAAAAGGUACUUGUAGAUCAAUGAUAAAAAUA